AUGUCAUCUAUUAAAGUUUAUACGAACGAUUCCAGUAAAGGUCCUACAGCAGUUAAAAUACAUUAUGAAUUUUGCUUUUAUCAUUUUGUACCCUAUGUUUUAUUAGCUGAGCUAAAAGAUGUUGAUGAACUUGCUGUAGGAUUAUUCGUAGUGGACAAAAACAACUUAAAACAUUCAUUGGCAAAAUAUCCUGAUCGAAUCUAUCUACAUGUGGUGGAUAAUGUACCGAUUGAAGAAGCACGUUAUAUCUUAAAUAUUUCUUAUGGUAGAUCUAUACUACCGAAGUAUACUAUUCAUUAUAAAGAAUUAGGUAAUUUUAUUCGUUCAUAUUAUUGGACUUCUGUUUUACCUACUAAAGAGCUUCCAUUAAAUGAUUCAAAUAUGCAUAUUCUAGUAUUUGAUUCAUCAUCAGUUGCUGUUGAUCAUUCAAUUAUUCCAGAAGAUCAAACUUAA